CAACAACUCACUCGGUGGCAGCCACCGUUCUGAGCAGGCACCUCGGUGUGACAGCACACUCCGACUGUAGAGAGGGAAGACGAGAGAAGAGAGAGGGAGAGAGAAGGAGGGAGGGAAAGCGAGAAAGAGUUGAACAGGUGAAUAACGCUGACGGUGAUUUGACUGCAUCAAAGUGGAAGAGAGCUGCCGCUGGAAGAAGAGAGUGAGGGUUGAGGCUGGGAGAGAGCAAACGAGAGAAGGAGUGAGGGAGGAGGGAGAGCAAAGUGAAGAGUGGCGGGGGAAGGAAUUAUUUGACUGUGGCUGGCAUUGGACGCGACAGAGUCUGGGGUCAGCAGACAGGAAAGAGUUCCAACAAAAGAAGCCAGAGUCGAGCAUAUCCAAAUUCACUCACCGGCUGUCCCUAAAAGAGCGGCAGACCAAACCUGAGAAGACUACACUGGAUAGACCUCCGUCCUACAGGAGGCGCUCUCUCAGUCUGGACUGGGCCGACUCAGCCAAGAUGAACCAGCGAGAGAUGCGAGAGCCUCAUCCUCCUCCCAUCCGGAACAAGUCCACCAGUCUGUCAUCCCCCAGUGCCGCCCGCCGCCUUUACCGGAACCUGUCAGGGAAGUUCCGUGUGGGCAACCUGCCUGGCCUGGAGGACAGUGUUGUGUCGGGACGGGGCGAUAAGGAGCGCCUCCGCAAGUCCACUAUGGUGAUGGACACAGGGUCAAUACAGUUCCAGAGUAACGAGGCGCUGUUCGAGGCUGUGGAGCACCAAGAGAUGGACCUGGUGCAGCUACUCCUGUCCCAGUACAGUAUGGAGGAGCUGGACCUCAACACCCCUAACAGUGAGGGCCUGCUGCCCCUGGACAUCGCAGUCAUGACCAACAACGUACCCAUGGCCAGGCUGCUGCUCCGCGCCGGAGCCAAGGAGAGCCCCCACUUUGUGAGCCUGGAGGGCCGUGCGGUGCACCUGGCCACGUUGGUCCGUGAGGCCGAGCAGCGUGUGGGGGACUUGCAGGCCCAGGUGCGGAGUGAGUUCCCCGGGGAGCGGGAGGCGUCGGACCAUGAGAGGCAACUCAAGGCCUGGGAGUGGAGGCACCGGCUCUUCAGACGCAUGCAGACGGGCUUUGAGCAUGCCAGCCCUCCGGAUGUUCCCAGCUCUGUCCGUCUGUCUGUCAGUAGCAGCUCCAGUCUGAGGGUGGACUUCCAGGAGCCUCUCAGUGUCAACUCUGCAGUAGUCACCAAGUACAAAGUGAGUUGGAGCAGAUCCCCUUCCCUCAGUCCUCUGUUGGGUGAGGCGCUAGUAGAGGACACCAGUCUAUUGCAGUGCAACAUUACCGACCUCACACGCGGAGAAUAUUACUAUUUCCAGGUGUCUGCCUUCAACAUGAAGGGAUGGGGUCCUGCCCAGAACUCCACCCCAUCCUGCGCCUCCCCUUCCAGUUGGAGGGAGAUUGACGGCCGCGCACCUCGCCAGCGGGGACAGAAGGAGGCGCUAGACCAGCUACUGGGACAGAUUAAAGAGACGCACCGCCACUGUGUGUGCCACGAGCAGUGCAAAGCCCCUCCACAUGUGAGGAAACAUUCCGUAUCCAAAAGCCUGCGCCACCUCUUCCAGCCUACCAGCAAAUUUGUCAAAAGCUUGAAACGAGGUCUCUACUUGACGUCUAUAUUCUACCGAGAUGACAACGUACUUGUGACGCCUGAGGACCAGAUCCCCAUCGUAGAGAUAGAUGACUCCUACUCCAGCUCACUGAUGCAGGACUUCCUAUGGUUCACUAAGGUGUCCUACCUAUGGGAGGAGAUUCCGUGGCUGCAGCAGUGUCUCAGCCCCUCCCAGUCUUCCUGCUCCUGCACCCUCCAGACACGCCUCAAGAUGCUGCAGGCCGUAUCCCAACUACAGGGAAUGCUGGGAACUCAGGACCUGGGUCAGGUUUACUUUGAGCCAAUCAAAGACAAGCAUGGCAACGCUCUGCUGGUGUUGCUGAAGGACAUGAACGUGUGUCCCAGUCUGGACGGGGUGAAGUGGACACAUCUGUGUAAGCUUCAGCUUCAACGCAAGUCCAUCUCGUCCCCCGAGGAGCCCACGGCCCUGGACACGCUGCUCAUCACCCUCCACGAGAAGCUGGCGUACCACAGACGGAGCAGGAAGCUCCUCUCCCCAGGCCUGUACCUGGGCUACCUGAAGCUGUGUAGCUCUGUGGACCAGAUCAGAGCCCUGGUGCCUCAGAAGCUACCCAACGUCCUCUGUCAUGCUAAGAUACGAGACAACUGUAAUGUGUCUAGGGAGGAGUGGCAGUGGCUGCAGGCCCUCACUUCUCUGGAGGAGUCUCUGGAGAUGGACCAGGAUGUGCAGAGCGCUCCACACCGCCUCCUACAGGACCUACGCAGCGCUGCCAAGGACCUCAUGGCCCACAUGAACAUCCCUGUCAGCCAGGUGCAGGACUUCCGUAUCUACGCCCAGGAGGUGUUGGAAUUUGGGGACACGGUGUCCUUCCUGCUACUGCUGCCCCCCUCAGACGACGUGUGUACGGCCCCCGGCCAGAACAACCCCUAUUCCCCCCGAUCAGGCUUCCUCACCCUGCCUCUGCAGAUCUUUGAGCUGGUUCACUUUGAUGCCUACUGCCCCAGCUUCAUAGGGCAGUACUGCCGUGUGUCUGCCCUGCUGGAGCUGGAGUCGCUCAUGUCCCAGCAGACCCUGAGGGAGGCCUUCUCUGAGACGGAGCUCCACGCCGCCAAGCAGAAACACCAGCAGGUCCAGGAGCACAUGCAGCAAAUGGAGGAGGUGUGGCGGGAGGCGCGGUGGAUCAUGGACGCCCUGCAGUAUGCCCGCUACAAGCAGCCCACCGGGGCCAUUUCCCUGGGCUGGAUCAUCCACUUCUCCAGGGACGCAGCGCCCGACACGCCCCGCUCCACCUCCUCCCAGCCAGACUACCUUCCCUCACCCAUGCCCUCCCCCGAACCCAGCCGCAAGCACUCUGUAGACUUCCACGGUCUCUCAGAUGAAGAGGGUUCCUCUGAGGUCUUCCUCACCACCGACAGCGACUACGACUCUAGCCGUGCCCAGAGCCCCCGCGAGUUGGACCUUCUGCCGCCCUCGCCCCUCUCCUCCUCCGGCGGCGGUGUGGGAGGAGGGGUUGGAGGGGGUUCAGGGACAGGAGCACUGAGAGACUCCACCCCAGACGUGCUCCAGGCCUCGGAGCCCCAGACAGGCCCUACCGGCGAACAACGGCUGAGCGGAGGGGGUCCCGGUGGGGAGAGGCGGAGGGGCAGGGGGGGUCCCAUGGAGCUCUUCGACAGCGACUUCAUCCUACCCAGCAGGCAGAUCGAACUUCUGAGGAUCACGGAGAAGAGGCAGGCCUUCUGUGUGAGAACCAGUAGUCUUGAAUUCCCCUCUGGUGGUCAUACUGCACACUCACCCUCACCAUCCUCCUCCCCCCACCGCCGCUGGCACCGACCCUCCUCUGUGGACCGCUGCUGCCCUGCUGAGCGAUGCCUGCCGCACCCCCAGCCCCCCGUCCGCACCCUGUCAGAGGACAGCGGCACCCAGAGGCUCUCAGGUUCCCCCUCGCCCGGUGCCCACAGGAAAGGCUGGCACGCCACGCUCCGGGUGUACCCGCAGUACCGAACCGGGCUACCCAAGGAAACCAGUGUCAAGCUGCGGGUGACCCCAGGCACGUCGGCCAGGGAGAUGGUCCAGCUGGUGGUGCAGGAGAUGAACGCGGUGUCGCGCCGGCUCCUCAGCGGUAGCAGUAGUAAUGGAGGGGGAGCGGAGGGGGAGAAGUGUCUGUACAGCCCUGAGCAGCUGGAGCACUUUGGACUGGUGCUGGUGGUGGACGGCAGGGAGAAGUGGCUCCAGGAUGACUUCUGUCCCCUGGAGCUGCAGAACCCCUGGCUCCGGGGCAAGCUGUGUGUCCGCAUCAAGGCGUACUCGCCCCUGGCACUGCAGUACAGCAGGGCGACUACUGUUUGAAACUAAGGGGUGGGGAAGGAUUCAGGGGGGGACUUUAGGUCUGGACUACUAGAUGGAGGUUCCUCCUUUGGAAAUGUUGGAACAUGAACUUUUAACAUUUUACAUGGGCCAAAUCCGAGGCAGCCUCCCUGGGAUGAACUUCCACUGGAAUUUUCUCAAAUGUUCUCCCUCUCUUUCUCUCUCGUUCAAACUGUUUUCCUCUUCGGUUGUUUUUACCGUCCAGCCACUGUAGCUACAGAGCACAGUCGGUGGCUUUCUGUUUGUUUGUUUGUUGUUAACUAAAAUGCUGCUGUGAGACUCUGUUUCCAUAAAGUCUCUUCCCACCCCAUGUAAACUACACUUUCUUCCUCAAUACUCACCUGGACAUCAAAUGUACAAAAGGAAAUGGAAAGCUGUUGUUAUUAUAUUAUUUGCAUCACCAAACGUCAAAGCCCAAAAAAGGGAUGUGACGUGAGGAAGAUUAAUGAAUGAAUGCUACCGCGCUUUGGCAUGGGGCGUGAUUGACUGCAACACAUUUUGGCGCCUGCGUUGCCAGAACGCCACGGUAUCGUCAUCUGCAGCCACAUGCGGGUGGACAAGCCUUUUCCUAUGAACUUUUCCUAUGAGCCCUCUCUCUCUCUCUCUCUCUCUCUCUCUCUCUCUCUCUCUCUCUCUCAUUCCAAGAGGCUGUUGGCUGCAACCCUGCAGCCGGCCUUCCCGACGUUCCCAGGAUGUGGGCCCUGGACUCUUCCCAGAGGGCCCAGAGCGAGGGAAGGGGGCUGGCGUCUCCCAGCUCGGGACAGAAUCUGGAAUCUGCCCUGCGGUUUGACCUCUAAGUUUGUCACUCUGUCAGACUCGCCUCCCCUGACCACUGUUGUAACUUUGGGAAGGAGAGAGCCAGGAGUACAGAGGAUUACACACAGGAG